CUUCGUCACGUGACAUCAGAAGUUUUUAAAGCCACACAUCUGAGUACUGUAUCGUCCAAGACCCAACUCCUGUGAUUUCGUACCAGUUGCAUCACAAAAUAUACCCAGACAGAGGGAGGACAAUGUAUGAAAAUGUUCCAACAGUCUCCACAGUGGAGCGCCAGCAGGUGCUGCAGGCCUUGGAGCGGCUCCAGGCUAAGAUGGCCCAGAGGGAGGAGUGGACCCACAGUGAGAGGCUGGGGGUGCUGAGGGACGCCCUACAGAGCCCACUGCUAGGACACAUCCUCACGCUGCAGCACUCCAUCAAACAACUCAAAGACCAGCUGAACUGCAUGCCUCCCGACACCUGCAGUGAGUUCAGCUUCUCCAGGAAGGGCCAGCUGAUCGUCAGUGCCAGCCGCCCGGCCAGCAGCCUGUGCACAUCCGGCCCCGGCUCGGUGCUGUCCAACGGCUCAGCCCUCUCCUCAGUGGGUCUCCGCUCCCCCGACCAGCUCCAGAGAUGGCUCGGCGCUGCCGCCAAGGGGAGGCCAACUGAGCACAUCAGCCUGCCCAAGCCCCUGUCUGGAAGCCUGGGCUUCAGUGUGGUAGGCCUGAGGCCCGAGGGGACUGGGGGCCACGGGGUCUUCAUCAGACAGGUCCAGCCUGGGAGCAUCGCACACAGGGAUGGGCGCAUGCUGGAGAACGACCAGAUCCUGGUGAUCAACGGGACCCCCCUGGACCAGAGUGUCACCCAGCAGCAGGCCAUCACUCUGCUGCAGCAGCCUGGGGACAGAGUGGAGCUGGUGGUGGCCCGGAACCCAUCAACUGCCACACAGCACACGCCACUGCUCCCGCCCGGACCCAUCAUUCAGAAUGAGCAGUGGGGCCAUGUGGAGGAGAUAGAGCUGGUGAACGACGGCUCGGGCCUGGGCUUCGGUAUUGUUGGAGGCAAGGCCACAGGAGUGGUGGUGAGGACCCUGGUGCCAAACAGUGUGGCUGAUAAGGAUGGGCGUCUGCGUACCGGCGACCACAUCCUGCGUAUCGGGGAGACCCCCACGUGGGGCCUGGCCAGUGACCAGGUGGUCAAGGUGCUGCAGGGCUGCGGGAGCCGUGUGCGCAUGCUCAUCGCCCGUGACCCCUCGGGACAGCCCUCCACCUCCUUGCCGCCCCCUCCCCCGCCCGCCGCCAGUCCCGUUUCAGCCCUGCCCCCACUGCCUGAAGUCGGACCCAAGCGCAGGCUCAGCAGGACUCCCAACCUGGAGGGUUAUGAGAUCCAAGAAGUGCCUCUGAUGAAGAAGGAGGGCCAGAGCCUGGGCAUCUCCAUCAUCGGUUACAAUGCCUUUACCAGUGAAGACGCGUUGGGAGUGUUUGUGAAGAACGUAGUUCCUGGGAGUGCAGCUGAGCAGAGCGGAAACAUCCGCAUCCACGACAGGAUCAUAGCGAUGGACGGGGUGAGCCUGCAGGGCUUCACUAACCAGGAYGUUCUGGAGGUGAUGAAGCAGACGGGCCAGAUGGUCCACCUCACCCUGGCCAGGAAGAUGGCCUCGCCCAGACCCUCACUGGAGAGGUCCCUGGACAAAGUCCAGAGAGAGCCGUCCCGUGUGUCUCUGAAGAGGUCUGCAGAGAUCAAAGCUCGGUCAUCAGACCUGCAGAGGGCCUCCAGCGUGGCCUCCAGCGUGGCCCCCCUACUGGAGCCCACUGAGACACUUCUGAUGAGCACCAGCAGAACACAGCUGGCCAGUGCUAUGGAGGGAGUCUCUCUGUCUGAGCUGGAGCUGAGGGCCAAAUGGGAGCAGGCCCUGGGGCCAGAGUACGACGUUCUGGUGGUUGAACUGGACCCUGUCAUCGAAGAUGACGCUGAGCUACAGAAGUACUCCAAGCUUCUUCCCAUCCACACCAUGCGCCUGGGGGUCGAGUUGGACUCGUUCGACGGCCACCACUACGUCUCUUCUGUGGCCCCUGAGGGCCCCGUGGCCAAACACGGGCUCCUGAGACCAGAGGACGAACUACUGGAGGUGAACGGGGUGCAGCUGUACGGCAAGUCGAGGCGCGAGGCAGUGGCGUUCCUGCGUGAGGUGCCCCCUCCCUUCACCCUGGUGUGCUGCAGACACCUGACAGAGGACGACUCAGACUAUCAACCAGACCGCCAAGACGAGUGGCGCUCGCCCAGCCCUGCCGUCAGCUUGUCUGAGCUUGAAGCCAAGCUGUCCUCUGUGUUGAUAAGUCAGGCCUACCUCCGGGACAAUGACAGUGAACAACCUCAGGACCACGUGACCCUGCAGGAGGUGUCGGAUGAGGAGCCGGAGGAGCCAGCGCCCACGUACCCCAGCCACCAGGAGGAGAUGCAGCAGGGGAAGAGAGGGGAAGAGGAGGAGGAGGAGGAGGAUGAAGAGGGAGAGCUGGCUCUGUGGUCCCCAGACAUUCAGUUGUUGGAGCUGGAGAAGGGAGAGAGAGGCCUGGGCUUCAGCAUCCUGGACUACCAGGAUCCUCUGGACGUUGCGCGCUCCGUCAUCGUCAUCCGCUCACUGGUGCCCGGCGGCGUGGCAGAGUGCCAUGGGGGCGUGCUCCCCGGGGACCAGCUGGUGUUUGUCAACGACACCUACCUGGACACGUGCACCCUGCCCCAGGCCGUGGAGGUGCUCAAGGCCGCCCCAUCUGGAACCGUCUACUUGGGCAUCUGCAAGCCAUUAGUGAUGGAAGGAGCAGAGGAGAGGGGACAUGGGGACCUGGCGCUCCGGAGGACAGAGGGACAGAGCAAGGGCCGAGAGGAGAGUGUGUCCCUCUUGCUUACACACUCACUUCUGCCUGUUUCCAAGGGCUUUACUGAUGGCUCCAUCCUCCCGGAGGAUCUUGGACAGGAAGAGGACGAACCCGAGCUGAUCCUGGACGGUAGCUUCCCUCGCUACACCUCACCUUUGACCCCUGCCUUAACCAUUAACCCCACCCCCACCUUGACCACUAGGAGCCUUAACCCCACCCCAACUCCCACCUUGACGCCCAGCCCAAUGGGAGAGGAGAGGGAGAUGGCCGUGGAUGAUGAAGAGGAGGUUGGAGUGGAGGUGGAGGUUAGGGAGGGGCAGGUGGUGGACUCCUACCCCAGAAAACCCCCACCUUCGUGGGGAGAGUGGGAGAGAGACAACGGAGGCCCCGUCCUGCCGGCCUCUGUCCACUCUGGAGCUCAGGAAAAGUUUUGCCCUCCUAAACAGGUGGAGGAGGUGGAGGAGAUGCCCAAUCCAGACCUGCAGCCCAGAGCCCUUCUUGACCAGCUCACUCUGGGUCAGUCUGUGGACUCCUGGGUGGAGACGGGUGGGGACAGUGAGGCAGACUCAGACUCCAGGAACGGAGGAUCAGAACUCACCCUGACUGACACGGACACCGACUCGGUGCGUUUGGUUGACACGGAGAGGAGGAAGAGGAGGGGCCAGGGUGGAGGAGGKGGACACAGUGAUCUACCUGAGAGGGAGGAAGGAGAGGGAGAGGAAACCCCUGCGUUCAGCCACUGGGGACCGCCACGCAGAGUGGAGGUGUGGCAGGAAGAGGGCGAGUCCCUUGGCAUAAGCAUUGUGGGCGGGCACAGCGUCAUCAAGAGACUGAAGAAUGGAGAGGAACUCAAGGGCAUCUUCAUCAAACAGGUACUGCCGGAGAGCCCAGCGGGACGCACUUGCGUGCUGAAGACCGGGGACAAGAUAUUGCAGGUAUCAGGUGUGGACCUCCAGAACGCCAGCCAUGAGGNAUGCGUCCAGGCCAUCAAGGCAGCUCCCAGUCCCGUGGUCUUCAUCGUCCAGAGCCUCACUGCCACGCCGCGGGUAAACACACCACACACACACACACACACACACGUCUGUGUGGAGGUAGAGAGGAAGAGAGGAGGCGCCCCUCCCCCGAUGAGACUCCCCCCGCCCUACCGGCCCCCCAGUCAGCUGACAGAGGAGCAGGACGAGGAGCUGGAGGAGGCCAAAGAGCGGAUCAGGCUGCGCUACGGGGAGCUGUGCGGGGAGCUGCUGUGUGUGGAGCUGGACAAAGAGCGCCAGGGCCUGGGCCUGAGCCUGGCGGGCAACCGCGACCGCUCCUGCCUCAGUAUCUUCGUGGUGGGCAUCAGCCCCGGGGGCCCCGCUGCCAAAAACGGAAACAUCCGUGUUGGGGACGAGCUGCUGGAGAUCAACAACCAGGUCCUGUAUGGCCGCAGCCACCUGAACGCCUCCGCUAUCAUUAAGAGCUCCUCGUCCAAGGUCAAGAUUAUCCUCAUCAGGAAUGAAGAUGCUAUCAACCAGAUGGCCGUUCCCCCCUUCCCAACUCCACCUUCUGUCCUCUCCUCCACUGAGGCUCAUCCCCCCACACCACCAGCAGCAGCAGRGGUAUCAGCCUUGGCCCCCACAGAGAAGCCCCAACCUCCAGAGAGCCUGGUCCUCAGCAGGGGCCCCCUGGAGUCCUCCAUCUCCAUCAGCAAGGGGCAGUCCAGUGUCGGCUCCAGUGGGAGCACAGCUACGGAGCUCAUCUCCAGAGAAGCAACACUGAAGAGCCUCCGAGAGGGAGAGACCGCCUCCAAGAAGCUCAAGGCCUCUGAGAAGGGGGCUGAGUCUUCGGAGAGUGUGCCUGUGCCGGAUGCCAAGGCCCUCCUGGAGCAGACUGCCAGCCUGUCCAAGGUCUCGCAGAGCUCCAGUAAGGUGCCAAUGGUGAGCGGUGUGGACGGAGGGCUGGUGUCCCCCCAUGCCGCCUCCCUGCCCUCCUGCACCGGUCCAGACUUUGAGUACUGCAGCAAAGUAGACCCAGCCACGUGUCCUAUCGUUCCAGGCCAGGAGGUAGUCAUAGAGAUCGCCAAGGGUCGCUCUGGCCUGGGCCUCAGCAUCGUAGGGGGCAAAGAUACACAGCUGGAUGCCAUAGUGAUCCAUGAGGUUUAUGAGGAGGGGGCGGCGGCACGGGAUGGACGACUCUGGGCUGGAGAUCAGAUCCUGGAGGUGAAUGGCGUGGACCUGCGCAGCGCGGCCCACGAGGACGCCAUUACAGCCCUGCGGCAGACCCCGGCCAAGGUGCGUCUGACGGUGCUACGAGACGAGGCGCAGUACCGCGACGAGGAGAACCUGGACGUGUUCAGUGUGGAACUGCAGAAGAAGGCCGGCCGCGGCCUGGGCCUCAGUAUCGUCGGCAAGAGGAACGGCACCGGGGUGUUCAUCUCGGACGUGGUGAAAGGGGGCGCCGCCGAGCUGGACGGCCGACUGAUGCAGGGGGACCAGAUCCUCUCUGUCGACGGCGAUGACAUGAGGCAGGCCUCGCAGGAGACGGUGGCGGCCAUUCUCAAGUGCGCCAGGGGGAUGGUGCUCCUAGAGCUGGGCCGACUGAAGGCUGCCUCCUGGAUCUCUUCCAGACACACCUCCCAGGGAAGCCAGACUCGCCGGAGGAGAGUGUGUGCGGCCAUUCUCACCCCUGCUGCCUGGGAGCUUGCAUGCAAAAGCUCAGUCACACUGACUCACCCUGGCUGCUGUGUCAUUAAUACCCACUGUCUCACCUCCUCCUCCUCGCUCCAUUCAUCUCAUGCAUGGGAGCCAAAAUGGCCGCCUGCUGGACGUUUACCAGACUCAUUCGGGUGUCAACUGUGUGUCAGUGACUCACUCACCUUGCCCAAAACAAACUCGCUGCCACCGGGCAGCAUGCCUCAGUGUGUGUUUUUUCUCCUGACUGGAUCACAGCUGUUUCCCCUCCCUCUCUCCCUCCCACAGAUGAGCCACGUGAUUGCCAACAGCACAAUCGCCACGCCCCACCCCCCGCUAAACUCCACCCCUUCCACCUCUCAGCUCCUCAACAACGCCAGGAAGCCCAUGACGGAGAGCAUGACCUCAUCAAAGAGCGCAGGAGCAGAGAUGGGUGUGCGCACUGUGGAGAUCACGCGGGGUCCUACUGAUGCGUUGGGGAUCAGUAUAGCUGGGGGGAAGGGCAGUCCUCUUGGGGAUAUCCCCAUCUUCGUGGCUAUGAUCCAGGCCAACGGGGUGGCAGCCAAGACACACAGGCUCAAGGUAGGAGACAGGAUCGUGAGUAUUAACGCUCAGUCUCUGGAUGGCCUGUCCCAUGGGGAUGUGGUCACCAUGCUGAAGAAUGCCUACGGCAGCAUCAUUCUCCAGGUSAUCGCCGACACCAACAUCAGUGCCAUAGCCAGUCAGGUGGAGAGUAUGUCCACUAGCACCAGCCUUCCCAACAGCCCAGACACACAGCCAGGGGAGCCAGAGGCCCCCAAGCCCAAGAAUAUCUCUCUUGAGAAGGGUUCUGACGGCCUGGGCUUCAGCAUCGUAGGGGGCUUCGGAAGCCCUCAUGGAGACCUGCCCAUCUACAUCAAGACUGUCUUCAGCAAGGGGGCAGCGGCGGUGGACGGGCGUCUGAAGAGGGGUGACCAGAUUCUGUCAGUAAACGGAGAGAGUCUGGAGGGGGCCACCCACGAACUGGCCGUGGCCAUACUGAAGAGACAGAGGGGGGCCGUCACUCUGGAAGUCCUCUCUUAGCUCACACACACACCUAUACCCCCACUGGCAAAGCGACCAUUAUGGGGUUGAACUGGUUUCAACUUUCCAACGUGCAAAAAAAAAAACAAGACUCUGUUCCGUUAAGUUGGCCAACAUCUGAUGCCCAUCUUCACCCUUAUAAACAGCCCAUUAACGAGAAGGGGGCAUUGGUUCUGGAAGGAUUCGGGUCACUAGGUGGCACUGCCAAGGAGAGCCCUGCCCUGUAGCGAUGUAGAGAGAGAACAUGUGUGUCGCACUGCGUUCAGCUGUGCCCUCAAGUGAACCACGAGAAAUAAGAGGACUAUAUCUGGGGGGCUGCAGGAAGUAGUGACACCUAACUUCCUGUGUGCCAUCUUAGGAGCUUCACUGUGAGGGCGGUCCGAUCGCUACGCUGACUGGAUACACACCACGACUUAAAAUGGCUAAUGAUUGGAUAUUAUACAGCAAGAAACACAGGGAAGCUUUACAGUCUCUGUGCCAUUUCAGCUUUUUUUUGUGUGAUCGCACCCGUGCUUCCUUCAUAGAACACUGGUAGAACAAUACGAGCGGUUCAGUUGGUCUAGGUCUCUUCAACGUUAGCCUAGCGUUAGCUUAGCAUCUCCCUGAUCGGGAGACACUGGUUAGCUGUUAGAGAUGUCAGCUUCAUUUGCUGCUAAUGUGUUAACUGUGAGGGUGAAUGGUCUCGGCAGGGAACGGGGCUGCGACACACUAGACUGGAACAGGUCAUUUAGACACACACACUGUAUAUACACACCCACACACAGUAGGCUAGUGAGUCACUGUCAGGUUGACGCACAUCUUCUCAUUCCUCAUUAUCCACACACGAUUUAAACUCAUAGUGUCAUACUCUUACGCAAAGGUAGUACAUUCAACAGUCUAGUCCCCUCAAACACAACUCUGGACCUUGAAGCUAGUUCCACUGCGUUUUCUUGCAUUGUUGCCCUCUAAUCAAGGGUCUCAUUUAGACCUGGGAGGUGGGUGCAAUUAAUGAUCAGGUAGAACAGAAAAGCAGGAGGCUUCAGACCUCGUAGGGUAAGAGUAGAAUACCCCCUGCUGGUUUAUCACUAUGCAGUAUGUUGUGUAGUCCUGCUAAGAGUUGUAAGCUUUUGUGCGUGUCACGAAGGAGUUUCGCCUUGCAUAUGCAGAUGUGAGACAGGUUAUUAGUACACAGUGUUGCCAAAUUAUCUGAACCCCCCCCUACCCCCCCCCUUGAAUCCGAGACCGUUUAGCAAAGCGAGGAAAAAUAUAUACACUAUGCGUUUGUUAGCAUUGUUGCGGCAGACACGUUUCUAUUAGCGAUACAAUGUAAUGUAGGCGAAUCUCAGGACUUACAUCGGGCAUUGUCUGUUGCCGGGGCUUGCUUGCUUUCCCCUAGUGUGGGUUUGUAUGGAGGUUAGCCAAAUCUUUACCUCCUUCGUCGCUGACCCUGGAGUAUCCCUGUGAGCCUAUUAAGGUCCUAUGAAAUGGUGUCAAAAUACAUCCAUGUCUUAACUAGUCUGGUCCAAGAUAUUUGUGCUCUACUCCCAUGGUCAUUGUCACYCCAAACAAGACCGCACAAACAGGACUGGAUCCAGGCUUUGUCUUAACUGAUCAAAGGGAYAAGGAUCAUCCUGAUGAAUCUUUGAGUUGGACAAUCCACCUCCUAGCCAAUCCCGAUCAUUUUAACUUUGUGGACUGGACACGUGCAUUUCAAUGAAGUGCUAUUACUUUUUGUUUUACCUGCCUUUGUCAUUGUUUUUAUUUGUGUCAUGCGGAUGGUACUGCAUGCAUGUUACUGUAAGCCUAUUCUUUUGUUUAGACAUGUCUUGGUAAAAACAUAUACCAACAUUUCUGAUCAUUUGGGGCACUAUCAGAAGCAAUCAAUUUCUUGUUGUGAGCCGUUGUCAUCAUGUAUCAAGGGUGCAUUCCUUAGGCAUCAAAUGGAAGAAAAUGGACUGAAACAGGUAGGGACAACCUGAACUUAAUAAAUGCUUGUUUUUGUAGCAAGACAUUUUGCUACGGUGUGCACUAAUGAAUACAAACCAUGUGUGGCUGUAGCUCCACACUGUUCUGUCCAGCUGCGAGAAGCUCACCACGUCCAACAAUUACAGGAUAUCCUGUCUCCCUCGGCUGGAGCCCGUCGUCUGUUUCCCGUGUCGCUGCAACCCCUCCACGCUCACAGGAAGUGACAACACGUUCCUCCAAGACACUUUGAGCCCCCCUCCCCCUCGGUUGUAUUCAUUAGGUCCCAAACGGGAGAAAGCAGACUGAAACAAGGAGGGACUACCUGAACUUGCCCAAUACAAAAACACUUGUUUUCCGUUGCAAACCAUUUAGCUACGUUGUGCCAUAAUGAAUAUGACCCCGGUUAACACUAAGGAAAACCCUGCAUAGUAACUCUCGCGCCGUGCCUGUCUCAGUAAAAGUGGAAGUGCAAUCUGGUGUGCGUCCUAAAUACUUGCAAGGGGUCCUAGGAUUUAGGGGAGGUCGGCCUAUUAAGGGGACUGACUACUGCUCUGCCGUGAGUCGCCGAUGUGCUAGAGUAGAUUGUUGUGUGUGUUCAUCAUACAUCAGUCUUAAUUCUGUGAGAGCCUAUUUCUGUAAGUCUUAAUGCUCGAUCCCUUUAAAGAGAUUCAGUUUAAACUCACUGCUGCCUAUUUCACUUGCUUCUUUUCCCUCUCUCAUGCUGUGAUCUCUCCAUCUACUCUGGACUUUUAGAUUUUGUCUGACUUUGUCCUAUGCGUGUCAAUCGGCAAUAGGCUGUGUGUUUGUACACGUGUUCGUCAGAAGUUGGACUGAUGAUGAUGAUGAUCCCGUCACGCCCAAUAAUCCCGUCUAUAAUGCCAUCGAUGAACUGCGCGCUCGUCCGUAGCGCCACAGAAAACGUCUUUCUUCACGUCAUUGAUCGAUGGAACGCAUUUUCAAAUCCAAAGAAACCAUCCACCCUUCCUAUAUAUCGAUGUGUGACAAACUCUGCUGUAAUGACGUGUGGAUACACAGUAUAUAUAUAUAAAUAUAUCUAUAGAAAAAUAUAUUGUCUAUGAUCACAAAUGCAAGUCUCAUCUUUUAAAUGUGUGUAGCCUACUGACUGUGGUCAUACACUGAUACUCUUCGUGAAUUCUGAUGAACUGUUUGAUGAUGUUCCAUGUUUUAUUAAAUACAAGAGGAGCACAAUCAUUUCCACCAUGUCCUA